UUCAAACUUAUUUUCCAAUACAAAUUCACAAGCAGAAGAUAUCUUGAAGAAUAAACGGAGUCACAUGGCUUCUUUACAAGCUUCUAAUUUUCUACUCUCUUCUUCUCCUUCAAAGCAGAUCCGUGCCGCUCUAUCUGUGCCAAAGCUUCCAUCGAUUAGGUUGUCAGUUCCGAAAGUAGCAACCAAAGGAUUGUCUGCGGAUUUGAUUGCCAGGGAUGGGUUCAUCAACACUAUCCCAUUUGAAAAGAAUGUUAUUGGGACACCUUUGGUUGAAGAAAGCUCAUCGGUUUCAAUGGCUACCAUACAACUUCAUGCUAUCUUAGAGUCCAUUGCCGAUAGAGUGGAGAUGCACAACAACGUCGGGCAACAACGGGAAAACUGGAACACCCUUCUUCUUAACUCCAUCAACAUGAUCACUCUCACCGCCGCUACCAUGGCUGGUGUUAUGGCAACCGGCGGCGCUGGGGUUUCUGUUCUGAGUUUGAAGGUUGCAUCGACUCUCUUGUUCUCUGCAGCCACGGGAAUGUUGAUGUUGAUGAACAAAAUCCAACCCUCGCAGCUUGUGGAAGAGCAACGUAAUGCAACCAGAUUGUUUAAGCAGCUUCAGAGAAAAAUAGAAACCCUACUUUCUAUCGGCUCUCCAAGCAAAGAAGACGUGAAAGAUGCUAUGGAGAAUGUCUUGGCCCUCGAUAAAGCUUACCCUCUUCCCUUACUAGGUGUAAUGCUUGAAAAAUUCCCGGAAAGUUUAGAGCCCGCUGUUUGGUGGCCUAAGGUCCAAUCUCAGAAAACAAACAAACAAGUCGUUGAAAGCAAUGGAUGGAGCGAGGAGCUGGAAAUGGAAAUGAGAGAAGUGGUUGAGGUGAUUAAGAGAAAAGACAGUGAAGAUUACGAGAGACUAGGCAAUAAGGCAUUGAAGAUGAACAAAAUUUUAGCUGCCUCAGGGCCAAUACUGACUGGAAUUGCAGCUUUAGGAUCUGCCUUUAUGGAUUCGUCCAAUGGUCCUUGGGCAGCAGCCGUUGCAGGAGCUUUAGCUUCAGCAGUUAACACUUUGGAGCACGGUGGUCAAGUCGGUAUGGUGUUUGAGAUGUAUAGGAACAACGCCGGCUUCUUCAAACAUGUGCAAGAAUCUAUUGAAUCAACUCUGAGUGAAAGUGAGUUGGGUAGAAGAGAAAAUGGGGAGUUGUUUGAAAUGAAGGUGGCGUUGCAAUUGGGAAGAAGCUUAACGCAGCUGAGAGAUGUAGCCAAAAAAUCCAGUUACUCUCGUAUAGAAGGAAGUCCCAUUGAUGAAUUCGCAAGCAAGCUGUUUUAAUCCAUAUAUUCAAGAUC